AUGAAGGAGAAACAUGAGUGGAUGUUGUACGAAAAUGAACGCAUGUGGCUGCCAAGCCAAGCCGCCAUCGAGAUUGUCGGCCAUACGGCAGCUGGAUUGGUCCUGGAGCUCCGACGAGGGCCCGAAAAUGCACGAAUGGUGGAACUUGGGCAAAAAUUGUUGGUGGUUCUCAGAAAUUUGGGGCUAUCAGAGGACGAACAAGCCAGAGAAGCCCAAUUAUAUGAAUAUCACACGAUGGCUGCACGGUUCUCGCUGGAUACCCCAGGUGCUUGCAGCGCAUACGGGAGGAAGCCUCUCGCAGGAGCUGAACAGUCGCGACUGUGGAAGAAAUUGCGUUCGCCUUACCGAUCGAGGGGCGGCUUGGAGGGCUGUAACCCGCCGUGGAGAGAAGACGGAGAUCGUGUAACGGCAACAGGAUGGCUCAGGGUGAUAUUCUGCCUUAGGGUUCCUCCCAUUGGCGAGGCGAAACGAAACAUGCCGUCAUGCUCAAGCCGUUGCGCCACGGAUCUUCCAAGAGAAGCUGCUGCGUUACCAUCGCAGUCGGUGCGGGGUGUUGGCCCCGCGAGCCCCGCUCCCACGACUGUGUAUGCAAGCACUCUGCAGAUGGAUGUAACUUGGACAAGGACUUUCGUGGCCAGCGCGGAGAGUCGGUGA